AUGACGAACAGCCACUUGUACAUAAUGCUUGAGAGGUCCCCUAAUAUGGGAAUUAUCCUUGGUGACAGUGCUUACCCAGCCCGUCCAUACUUGAUGACACCUCUCUCAAAUCCUCAAACACAACAGGAGUUUCACUGCAACAGUGCUCAUUCAUCGACAAGGAUUGUCAUAGAGAGGGCUUUCGGACAGUGGAAAAGGCGAUUUCACUGUCUGCAUUCAGAGCUCAGAAUGGAGCCACGGCGUGUCUGCACUGUGGUAAACGCCUGUGCUGUCCUCCACAACUUGUGCAAAUCCCAACACCUAGCAGACUUCCAAGACAUUCUUCCAGAUGAUUCAGAACCUCCCAGCGACCCUCCAAUAGCUAACACCAGGGGGACUUCGGAUAUCAGAAGCUUCUUUAUUCAGCAGUAUUUCUGA